AUGUCAUCGUUACCGCUGCGGGUGGCAGUGGUGUGUUCGAGUAACCAGAACCGUAGCAUGGAGGCACACAACAUCCUCAACAAACGAGGAUUCAAUGUCCAGUCCUUUGGAACAGCAACUCAUGUGAAGCUUCCAGGACCAAUACCUAGCAAGCCGAAUAUUUAUGAUUUCGAAACCACAUAUGAUGAGAUGUACAAAGAUCUUCUCAUGAAAGACAAAGAAUUCUAUACACAGAAUGGUAUUCUGCAUAUGUUAGACAGAAAUAAGAGAAUCAAGCUCCGGCCAGAAAGAUUCCAGAAUUGCAAAGAUGUGUUUGAUCUGAUCAUCACUUGUGAAGAGAAAAUUUAUGACCAGGUGGUGGAAUGUCUAACUUCCAGAGAACAGGAGACCUGCCAGCCAGUGCAUGUGGUGAAUGUGGACAUCCCUGAUAGCCAGGAAGACGCCAUCCUAGGGGCAUUCCACAUCUGCGAGCUCUGCCAGUGUAUCCAGCAGUCAAAGGAUAUCGAGAAUGAGAUUGAUCACCUGCUGCAGGCAUUCGAGGAGAAGACCGGCCACAGCCACCUGCACACAGUCUGCUUCUACUGA